AUGUUUCGUAACGGUGCCAAACAGGGCUACGACCGGCUGCCGGCAGACGAGGGUCACGUGACCGCCGCGUCAUCCGACAGCGGCUCCGACGUGUCUGAAGACAGCGACUACGACGAACUGGCGUGCAACGUGUGCGACCGCACCUUCUGCAACGCCCGCCAGCUGGCGCACCACCAGGAGAAGAAGCGCCACUUCGCGUGCUCCUCGUGCGACAGCCUCUUCCCCUCGCUGGAGGCGCUCCACCACCACCGGCAGCAGUUCCAGCACUGGACCAACCACAGCCCCAUCGAGCCCUCCUGCUCCAGCUCCAGCUCUGCGGACGAGACAUCUGACGACACCGUGUCCAGCGAGGAGCUGGAGCGCCUGCUAUGAUCCUCGUCCUCCGCCCCCGCACAGUCCACCCCUCCUCACCCCCUGUCCCCCAACCCUCAGAGCCCGAGCACCGCCGCCACAUAUCACACACCUCUGUGAAUCGUACGUGUCUCUUCCUUCUGUCUCCCUGUCCAUCUCACUCUGUCUGUCCAGCGUCCCCGUCAUCGAAACUGGAGGACUGCACUCGAUGGAAGGAAAAGAAGGAUGAAGCGUUACCUAAAUGGGGCCCUCUUCGGCAGAAAGUUGUGGAAUUCUUCGCGAACUAAUAGCGAGACUAAUGUCCAUUUGCCACUAACUUACGAACAGUCGUAUGUCAACUGCGACACUGUCAAUGCUGUUGGCACCGCGAAAUGCGGCACGACUAAUAGUUUGUGAAAAAUUUCACUGUCGGUCAGGCCAGUGUGUUUUAAGUUUCCAUCAGUCCUGCAGCGAUAUGGUCUUUUUUACUGCAUGUAUCUGUGGUAUUAUUUUUAAAAUCUAUGUCGGUUACCAACCACAACGAUAAUUGCAGACAUUUGUACCUUGUAAAAUAUAUAUAUUUAUAGUUAUGUGAUCUGUAAAUUAUUAUUGUAUAGUAAUCUAUAUAUCAAAGAUGUUUCGUGUGACGAAAUAAAAGAGAAAGGAAGUGAAAGUACUUUGAAACUGUAGUGCUUAGUGGGUACGAUGUGAGGUUUCUUUUAGGUUUCCCUGAAAGUCUUUAAAACUGUGAGAUUCAAAACGUAUUUGCUCUGAGUUUCAUAAAACAUUUACAGUGUUUUUUUUUCUAAUUAUACAUUUAAAUAUUGAUAACUGGUUCUACGGUGGGACUCAACAGGACCAGCCAUACCUCUGAGGAUGUCCAACGUAGUAUUGGACGAAACGUUAGGAAUAGAAGUAUUCCAUGGACCACAGCCAUAUAACCCGGAAGAAUUAUCAACAACAGUGUUUUUUUUCUACCGUAUGAACCACACAGUUCACUUAUAUAUAUCUCAAGAUUAAUUAUAAUAAAACCCGACUUAUAUUCAACCAUACUAUUAUAUGACAAGUAAUAUUGGAGAAGUUACAGAAAACGAAUAUGGCCAACAUGAGGCAUCUUCUUCACCAAAAAAGGCAUUAAUUUUGAGAUUUGUGAUUAUAGAAAAAGCCAAAUAGUGAAAUUUAAAUUGCAUACAUUUAUGGUUUCAUUUUUUUGUGAAUAGAAGAAUAGAUUUGUUUAUCCUUAUCAGAUUAGCAACGUCAGACCCUCUCUUACAACGGAUCAGUGUUUUAACAAUGGCGAAUUGUGAGAAAUGAGAGAAGCGAAGUUUCAGAGGCAGUUCAAUACAGUGAAAUUCGUGUAUGGUGCGUACCCAAAUUGUUGAGUGAGAAAUGCACGAUGAAGUAUUCUUCAACAAAUAUGUAUCAUUGAAUUUAGGGUCACAUAGGGGACAAUCAUGAACAUUAUGUCUCAAGAAAAUUGAUUUUUUUCCACUCUGCGUCGCAUAUACAUAACCAACAUAAGCUUCAGUAAACUAUAAUGAUCGUCAGACAACCGAGUUACACAUUCGAUUGCAAUUACGCGUCACUGUGCAUACACAUGUCAUGUUGUGACAACUGAGGAGUUAAAUCUGUAUAUAAUCGACCCAGCAAAUUAUUUGUACACUUUGACAAUUUAAUGGAGUUAAGGGGCUCCGGAACGCCCUAUACUUGCAAUGUUAAAAUAACGCUUAUAAAUUACAUCUUUCCUCACAAAGUAUUUGAGGUAGGAAGUUGAACUUUUUACAGAUUAUUUUUUGGAAUAUGGGCUACAACUUAA